UCUCCCUGCAAAUUAAAUCGUUCAACCUUCUCCAAAUGCAGGGUGUCAAUUUUCUUCCCAUAAAGUUGUUCUUCAUCGCAACUUUCCUCUUAACCUAUUCUUCUGCUCUCAAGAUUGGUGAAACAUGUUCAGACAGUAAUUGCGACGCCGGAUUAAACUGUGGCACUUGCCUUGCAAACGGCAACACCAGACCCAGAUGCACCCGCAUCCAGCCAAUUAUUCCCACAACCAAGGUCAAAGGGCUGCCAUUUAAUAAGUAUUCAUGGCUGACGACCCACAACUCGUUUGCUCGAACCGGGUCAGCAUCUGGUACCGGGUCGGGUCUUCUCGCCCCGACUAAUCAGGACGAUUCAGUUUCCGAUCAACUCAAGAACGGUGUUCGAGGAUUAAUGCUCGACAUGUACGACUUCAACGACGACAUUUGGCUGUGUCACUCCUUCGGUGGCAAGUGUUUAAACGUGACCGCAUUUCAACCUGCGAUUAACGUGUUGAGAGAAAUCGAAUCUUUUCUCAAAGAGAACCCUUCGGAAAUUGUGACAAUAUUCAUUGAGGACUACGUGACAUCCGAACAAGGCUUGACAAAAGUGUUCAAUUCAUCUGGGCUCAAUCAAUAUUUAUUCCCAAUUUCUCGAAUGCCUCAAAACGGUGAAGAUUGGCCGACGGUGGAUGAUAUGGUUUCCAAGAAUCAACGGUUGGUAGUUUUCACCUCGAAAUCAUCAAAGGAAGCUUCAGAAAAUAUCGCCUAUGAAUGGAAAUACGUCGUCGAAAACCAGUAUGGAAACGAUGGAAUGAAAGCUGGUUCUUGUCCGAAUCGAGCGGAAUCUUCCCCUAUGAAUACACUUUCGAGAUCUCUUGUUCUCGUGAAUUACUUUUCGACGAACCCUAAUAUAACGGGAGUUUGUGUGGAUAACUCUGCUGCGCUGAUUAGUAUGACGAAGACAUGUUACGAAGCAGGCGGAAAACGCUGGCCCAAUUUCAUUGCAGUUGAUUUUUAUAAAAUGAGUGACGGAGGCGGAGCUCCGGAAGCUGUUGAUCAAGCAAACGGGCAUUUAACUUGCGGAUGCGGCAACAUUGCCUACUGCAGAGUAAAUGCAACAUUUGGUACGUGUGAUGUACCUGUGCUUUCGCCUCCACCGCCAGCUCAGCUAUCGCCUACCGACCAGAUUGGAAACAAUUCUCCGAUAAGCAAACCUCUCUAUCACCAUUGGUUUAUUUUGACAAUCUUAGCCAUUGUUCUUAUCUGGCUCUAAUAAUGUGGAUGCAAAUUAGUUAAAUUGUAAUUGAUAAAUAAAUUAGUAAUAUUUAUAUAUAUACAGACCAAAUGUAUACGAAUUUCAGAGGGUAUAUAUGAAAGAUUUCGGCUGUGAAUAUUA